GUUUGAUUGAUUGCUUUUAGAAGAAGGCGUUAAAGAUGUCGAUCUUCUACAAGCUCGGUGUGGAGAACAAGGACGCGUCUGCGGUCCGGUGUGACGGGAUGGAGAUGAGUGUCAAGGAUUUAAAGCUUGCUAUACUGGAUCAAAAGAAAUUUAACAAUUCCACAGAUUUCGAUUUCACUGUUGCAAACCCGCAAACAAAAGAGGAGUAUAAUGAUGAAUCCACAAUACCACGUGGAACAACUGUAGUAGUCGGCAGGAAACCUAUGCCGAGGGGAGAAAAGAAGGUUUGGAGAGAAGAAAGAAAUCUUGGAGUGAAAGACUUGAAUUCUGAUUCCUCUCAAGUUACGAGCACCUCAGAGGAGGGUCGUCUGGAGCAGGUUAUUGCCCAGUCUGGAAAUGAGUAUGGAUCGGAACACUGGGAAAGAAUCAGGAGACAGAGAGCAAGCAGACCAUUAGCUGGAGAAGCUCCUCGACUAGAGAAGAGAGCAGCAGCUGGUAUACCGGCAACCAUGCUGGUCAACGUAGACGAUUCUUCUAAAUCAAUAAAGAUUGACAACCAAGGGCAGACCCUGAUGACCUUGGUAGAGAAGGAGGGAUACAGUCAGAAUAAGAUGGAGAAUAUGGAUUGGUUGAACGAGACAGAUCAGAUCGAAGGUAAGAGUACUGCGAAGAAGAAGAAGAGUACACUAGAUGAUGAUGUACUGUGUGGAGUCUGUACAGAAAUGAUGACGUCAGCUGUACUGCUCCCCUGCUGUGCAGGAGCAGCUUGUGAUAUGUGUGCCCGGGAAUAUUUGAUUGAGAAUGAUAAUGUUUGCCCGCUGUGCAAGGAAACUAAUCAGUCUCCGGAGGAGAUAGUUCCAGCUCUAGGAGUUAGAAUCAAGGUUGCUAAACUAGGAGGACAGCCCCUAAAGCAUGUCCCCCGCUCUACCCCUAUCCGGAAUCUAGCUCGAGAUACCAGAAAACUAGAGGAAGCUGUCCUGAAAAGCUUGACUGAUAAUCCUCUCUCUCCAGACAAUUUACCGGUAUCAGAUACACCAGUAUCCAACCCUUGUACAGAGCUUGACAGACCGAACUCGGGGUUAUCCGACUCCAGUCCAUCCCAGGAGACCAGGUUUGUUCCUACCCCGGAGAAACAGCACCCUGAGAGUCCCGGGUUUAAGUCAGGUGUAGGGAUGGAGAGGGUAGAGGGUGUGACCCCGACUCCGACGGAUCCUCCGACCCCGUUGAAUGAUGAGAAGUCCUCCCCCGGAGAAGAAGCUGUUAGUUCAUCUAACCUUCGGCCUCCGAGUCAGAUGAAGGAAGGCACUAAGGAUCCCUCCCCUGACACCACUGGUGAUGGUAUUGAGGAGGUGUAUACUAUAUCUACUGUGGGGGCCACCAGACAGCAGAGGACACAUGCUGACUACCACGCUAGCUACAGUUCAUCUUAUCCUCUUCCUUAUCCUCAUCCUCCUGCUCCAGAUUAUUAUUCUCAGUCUCAAUAUUAUCAAACCCAUCCCCCGCCAGUUCAUUCACAGAAAGGCAAUACCUAUAAAUACGACGAGGCCGAAGAACAGGAGAGAUGGAGGAGAGAGGAGGAAUCGAGAACUGCUCGGAGACAUGACAGAGAUAGAAACUACCGAGGGAGGGAUGGAAGAGGGGAUAGAGAUAGAAGGGAUGCUAGAGGGAUGGAUAGAGAUGGAAGAGGAAGAGACGGACGGUACGAAGAUAGAGGAGCAGGAUAUGACAGAAGAUAUAACAGGGACUAUCCUAGGGAUAGAGAACGUGGAAGGGAAAUUAGGAGAAGUCUUGAACGAGAUUACGAUGCAAGACGCCACCCGGAGCACAGUAGAUCUCACUAUGAAGAAAGAGAAAGGUUUCGGGAGCCAGGGCGGGAUUACUAUAGGAAAAGAACCCCUAGUCCUGAGUUACGCACUGAUCCACCAGGGUCUAGGAGUUUGCGAGAAGAUAUAGAGAAGAGAGAUGAUGGUUCUCCCGGCGACCGGAGUCAAUCCGUCUCACGAGAUGCAGAUCCAUCUCCUCUUAAUUCUUCUCCCCCGUCUCCUGUUAAAGAGAAAAAAGAGAAAAGGAAGAAGAAAAAUAAGGACAAGCCGACAAAAGAAUCCGAUGAAUCGCCUGACAGUAUGAAAUCGGAUAAAUCUAAGAAGGAAGAAUCUAGAAUAGAACUAAAGAAACUUGUUCAAGGUUUUAAGGAAAGAGCAAAGAGUAAUUCUGGGAAUUCCGAUUCUAGCGGGGACAAGGAGAAGAUUAAACAGCAGUUAGAUACAGUCGGAGAUCUUAGAAUGCUUCUCAAGGAGAGGAAAAGAAAGAAGGAGGAAACUGGUCAGGGACCCAUAGAUUCUAGUACAGAGGGUAGUUUAGAUCGGUCCCGAGGAACUCCAAGUAGAGAGAGAGGUCAAGAGAGAUCAAGGAACGAAAGAUCUGGUAGAGAUAGAGCAAGCACUGAAAGAACAACUAGUCGUGAGGGACGCCGUGAAAGACUAAGCGAAGAAAGAUCACGCCUCGAAAGGCAAAGUCCAGAAAGAACUCGCCGAGAAAAACUCAGCGCAGAAAGAACACGACGUGAAGAACCCAGUUCAGAGAGAACGCGCCGUGAAAGACCAAGUUCUGAAAGGAUAGGUCAGGAAAGACCAAGUGUUGAAAGGGCAGGUCGAGAAAGACCAGGUAGCGACAGGGAAGGUCGUGGACGAGGCAAUCUGGAUAGAAAAGACCGAGAAAGACCCAGCGCUAAUACAGAGCGUGAUAGAUCAGGACGGGGUAAAGGUUUUCAUGAUAGAACGGAAAGAGGACAACGAAGCCCUGAUAUGAUGCACCGGGGUGGACACGACAGAUCAGGCCGGGAUAGGAUGAGCCCAGAAAGAGGAGUUCACCGAGGAUUCAGUCCCUCAAGAGGUUUACGGAGAGGUAGUUCAGAUAUGCGGAGGAGUCCAGCCAGAGACGAUCAUACUAGACGCAGACCUGGAGGAUUAGGAAGAUUAGGAUCUGGAGUAAAUGAUAGAAACCCUUCUCCUGAUUUAUCCCGUCCUACACGGGAGGGUUCUAGUUGGUCUACUCCGGAUAGGGCAAGCAGGGACAGACCAGACGAUAGAAGAUCUAGCCGUGAUUCAAGAUUAGCAGAUCUUGAGAAAACAGAUAAAAGAUAUACCAGAUCACCCCUAGAGACUAGGGAGAGACGGAGGGACAGAGAUCCACAAGAUUCUAGAGUUGAACUAGAUUCUAAAGAUCUGCAAAUCUUGGAGGAACUUCGGUCGGCCCGAAAUCCUGAGCCCAGACAUAUUUCAAGAUCUAGAUCUCCAGAAUCUAAACCUGUAUCCAGGCCUGAAUCCAGAGCUGGAUCAAAUACGGAGUCUAGCAGAGCUGAAACCAUGUCCGACUCUGGGCCAGGGUCCAGAGCUGAAGAGUCUGUUGAACCCAGAUCAAGACAACAGUCUCCAGGUUCAGAUAAGGACAGGGAAGAAGAGAAUGAAAGCCUGGAACGUGAAGCCAACUUUGAAGCAAAUUCCUCUCUCUCACUGAGCUCCUCCAGUAGAUCACAUUCUAGAAACUCAAGGGGAACCAGCAAUAUAACCAGUUUCCUGGACGAUAUUGAUCAGACAGAUCAUACAGAUGAUAAACUUCCAGAACGGACAUUACAAAAUUCUCCCGUAAAACCUGCUGAGAAGAGUCCGGAGCAUAGUCCGGAGAGGUUUCCCUCCGAUGAAUCUGGUCAGGAUUCUGAUCAGGAAAUUCAAGAAGAUGAGAGUAAUCAACCUCAAGAACUAUCCCAACAGAUAGAAGAACAUGAACGUGAUGAUUAUGAGAAAGAAGAAAUUGAUAAACCUGAAGACAAAUUGAAGGAAGAAGAAACAAGAGAUGAAAGAGAAGAGUCCGAUAAAGAUUCUCAAAGUGAAGACGAGAAAAAGAGCUCACACAACUCUGAUGAAUCUGACGAGGAGGAAGAGGAUGAAGAAGAAGAUGAUGAUGAUGAUCAUGAUGAUGAGAAGAAGGAUCUUGAGAAAAGCAAGGGAACUGAUGAUUACGAACUUACCCUAGAGAUAAACGAACAUGAAUUCCUAGACUUUGAACCUCCAGUUUCCGAGGUGGUUGAGAACGCGCCAAGUUCUCCCCCGAAAAUGAAGAAAACGAAAGAAAAACUCUCAAAGAAAAAAUCUUCUGUCAAGAAAGUUUCCUCCGAAACGUCUGAGACAGUGGUUCGCCAAGAACAAUCUGAAAAGGCGGAUGACGGAGAGAAAACUGUCUCUGUUCGAAAGAGAAUGUUGGAAGAAAUGAAGAAGGAUGGAACGGAGGAGAAUACUAAAGAUCAAGAGUUAAAGCAGGACCCGGAGAAGGAUAAAUCUACUGAGAAGGAAGAACAGUCCGAGAAUGCACCGAAGAUAAAUGUAAAGAUAGAUAAUCUAAAGAAACGGGUUUACAGGAAGGGGAGCAGAGAUACAAGUCCAGAUGACAGGAACAGUAGAAAUUCAACUGACAAGAGGAAGGAUUCUAAAUCUUCUAGAGAUCGGAAAGGAUCCGAUCCGAGUGAAAGAUCGGCGGUGAAAGGGAAAGAAAAGGCAUUUGAAUGGAAGAGGGUAAAGCCUCAAGAUAAGAGCAAAGAUAGAGACCCAGAAAAAGGAAAAGAACGAGAAAAGAUAAACGAAAAGGCAGCUCCUCAAGAGAAAGAGAAAGGAAGCGAGCAGGAAAAGGAAAAAGCCAGCAAGAAGGGAACUGAGAAAUCGUCGGAGAAAACACGUGACAAGGUUGUUGAAAGGGGAAAGGAUAAAGGAAGAGAUAAAACACCAGAUAAGGAUAGAACAGAACCAUCUGGCACAAGUAGAGAGAGAGCGUCUUUAAAAGAAACUGAUAAACGUGGUUCUAAAGAUUCACCAAGGAGGAAUACAACUCCUAGGUCUAAAGAUUUAUCUAGUGAUUCAUCAAGAAAGGGUGAGAAGCCUAGGUCUAGAGAAACAUCAAGGAAAGGUGAGAAACCUAGGUCUAGAGAGUCGUCAAGGAAGGGUGAGAAACAUACGUCUAGAGAAUCGUCAAGGAAAGAAGAGAAACCUAGAUCCAGAGAAUCGUCUAGGAAGGAUGAUUACUCUAGGGCGGAGAAAAGAAGAGAUGAAGAAAUGGUUAAUGAGUCGAAAUCUUCGAAGGAUAAACGAGAAAGAAACUCUGAGCAAGAUAGAGAAAAGGCCCGAGGUAAGGAUGAAAACAGAAGACGGGAAGAAUCCCGGGAUUCUAGAUUAAGCUCCCGUAGUAGGGAUCGAUUGUCAGAGUUAGAUGUUAAACUCCCAACCAGUAAACGAGAUCAGAAGAAACAGGAAGAAAUUGCUCACAACCUUUGGAAAGCGGAAAGAGAGAGAGAUAAAGAAAGAGAAAGGGAAGAGGAACGAAGAAAAAGAAGAGAACAAACUUUACCAAAAAGAAACCCCGGUCCAGAUCUAAUAGAAGAAGUAAAAAGUUUGAAACGCAAAGAAGAGGAGAAAAGAAAACAAGACGCACGACGAAUGGAAGAUGACCGGCGUAGAGAAGUGUCAAGGCGAAGAGAAGAGGAGCGAAGAGAAUCGAGAAGAAGAGAAGAGGAGGAAAAGAAGCGACAAGAUGAGGAAAUUCGUAGAAUUGAAGAGAGAAAGUUGGCUCAGAGAAGACAAAUUGAAGAGGAUAAAAAAAUUGCGCGCGAGUUAGAGAAAGAAAAAGAAAAACAACGAUUACUCGAGGAAGAAAAAUUGAGAAGCCGCAGAGAACAAAUAGCGAAGCUGAAAGAGGAGAUUGCAAGAACGGAUUUGAAAGAGAAAGCUCUCGGAUCCCGGGAUAGUUCCGGAACACGUGGCCGGAAACGGAAACUAGGUUCUAAACCGGAAGAAGUUGUGACAGGGUCGAAGAAACUUGAAAGCAAGAAGAAGAAUAAGAAGGAGACGAUUUUGGAGAGUGAGAGCAGUGAAUCUGAUGCUGAAAGUUCAAGUGAAGAGGAGACAUCUAGUUCCUCAAGUUCAGACAGUGAUAUAGACGAGGAAUCCAUCAAGAAACUACUCGCAGAGAUGAAAAAGAAAAAGAAGAAGAAGAAGAAGAAAGCCAAGGCUAAGAAGAAGAAUAAAAAGAUGAAAACAGAACAAGAUGAAUCAGUAGAAGAGGAGGAUCUACGGAAGAAGUUGACACAAGGAGAAGAACGGAAGAAGAGGAAACUUGAACCUGCAGUAGGGCAGUCCAACUCUAAACCCGGAGUAAAGAAGAUUAGACGGGAUAUCUCUACAGACGACCUACCGGACUCUGAUUCCUCGUAUAGACGGGUUCUAGACAAAUCCCGUAAACCUGCUGAGCUCCGGAAACCUAGCUCAAGAGAGAUUUCCAAGGGGUCAACAGAACCUCAGAGACGAGUCAUAGAGGAACCAGUUCGUAGAGUUACCACCAGAGAGGAGAAAUCUAGGAAACCAGAAACAAUAGUGGCUAAAAAACUGGAAACUAAGGAAAAGAAGAGAAGAAUAUCUUCAGAUAAGAACUCAGGGACCAGUAGGUCCUGUUCUCCUGUUGUAAACAAGGUUGUGCGUAAUAUAAGAUCCCGAGCUGUGAGUAAAGAUAGAGGAGAUGUUGAACUAGAAGAAGGAGAAUAUCUAUCAGAGGAGUCGGAUUAAAUAAAUCUAGACCUACUCCCGUCCCCCCCGGCCUAUUUGAACUCCAUUCCUUAAACUACCCUAAUAUACCUUUGUUCACUGUUCAGACUGCCCUAAACUGUUUAAAUACAGGUUUAAUGUACACCUGUACACUGUAACUUGUACAGUGUACCCUGUAACCUGUACACCAGAGACCAGUACGCUAAGUGCCAAUAUUAUAAACCCUUCUUGUUUUUUUGUACAUUGUAACAAUUAUUGAAUCUGUACAGUGUAUAGUGUACAGAUAAAUGUAGUAAUGUAAAUAAAUUUUAGUUAUUUAACCUGUGCGCAAAAGUGAAUAAAUCCUCUGUCCCCUUCCAACAUGAAGUAAGUAAAUUAAAUGACCGGGGCGUGUUUGAAGAAUUAUUCACUCCAGCCACUGUUAAGCAGUUUUUAGCGUUUCCUAAAAUAAAAACUAAAUGUUUCUUGCUCUAAUAUAAUUUUGUUUUCUG